UCUCAGCAGUGUUCAGUCGAGCAGCAGCGGAAGUGGAAAACUUGCAGUAGAAACACACAAACUGAACUCAGCACCUCCUGCGAUGCUCCUGGAUGCUCCUCCGUUUUUAAACCUCCUCUUCCCUCCUUUUCUUCUUCUUCCUCUUCUUCUUCUCCUCCUCUUCUUCCCUCUGCCGUCUCGGGGAAACGCGCGCUGUGGCUCUCCGAUGUGAGUUCGCCCGUGCGUAAUAGUCCGGCUCCGUGCGCGCCGUCAUGGCUUAUCCUCAGGGUUUCCUCUUCCAGCCGUCCGUGUCCCUGUCUCUGCACUCCUGCCCGUCCUUCAGCUCCGGGGUCAUCUUAGGACCGAGGACGGAGGAGCUCGGCCGCUCCUCUUCGGGCUCAGCCUUCGCUCCGUACUCGGGCUCAGCGACCUCUCCCGGCUUCAACUCCCACCUACCGUACGGCGGGGAGCCCCGGGCCGCCGCCACCCUCAGCUCGUUUGUGAGUCCCAGCUAUGAUCCGUCCUCAGGGAUCUCUGGCUCCUUAGACUACCACCCAUUUGGGCCCCUGGGGCCGUACCCGUACGGAGACCCCUCCUACAGGAAGAACGCCACGCGAGACGCCACGGCCACACUGAAGGCCUGGCUCAAUGAGCACCGGAAGAACCCGUACCCCACCAAGGGGGAGAAGAUCAUGCUGGCCAUCAUCACCAAGAUGACCCUGACUCAGGUGUCCACCUGGUUCGCCAACGCCCGCCGGAGGCUGAAGAAGGAGAACAAGAUGACCUGGACCCCGAGGAACAGGAGCGAGGAUGAGGAGGAGGAGGACAACAUCGACCUGGAGAGGAACGACGACGACGACGAGCCGAUGAAAGCCAACAGCGAUGAGCCAGAGAUGAAGAGCAACACUGCUUCUCGUCUUCCUGCCUCUGUGGGGACCUCGUGCGUGUUGGUGUACAGAGAGGACAGCGGCAGCAGCAGCGACACCGACCGGAGCUUCACUGAUCCCGACUUUAAAGACUCAGGGGACAGGAGGCUGCCCCUCAUCCCGCGCCCCACUUCCACAGGGGCCCCUCCCCACAACACACCCCCAGGAACAGUCAGAGCAUCGGAGCCGCAGCGAGCAUCGAGCCCACCGUCAAAGGAGCACGUUGACUCCUGCAACCCCAUCCAGGGGCCAAACCCGGCCCCUAAACCCAAACUGUGGUCGCUGGCUGAGAUCGCCACGUCUUCAGAUAAAAGUAAAGGAUGUAGUGACUCUUCACAGAGCGUAGGGGCUCCCACCCACCCCACAUCCACAUCCCGGACCCCAUUCUCACACAGCACUGCCAUGCCCCGACACCUCUACUACACCUCCCCCUUCAUCCCCGGAUACUCCAGCUACGGCCCUCUGGGGCCCCUGCAUGGCGGCCCCGCCUCACAUUUAAAUGGAUUACAGCAGACGAUGCUGCAGAGAGCAGAGGCCAUAGCCAGAGACUGCAAACUACACAGUCAGAGCCAGCUGGACCUGCACGAACUCAAGAAGGGCAUGACGAACGUGUGACCUGAACCUUUAACACUUUAUUUACUGGGACCAGUAGACCUGGACCCUGGAAGCAGUAAACCUGGGACCAGUAAACCUGGGACCAGUGACCCUGGGACGAGUGUUGGUGGAAUUCUCCCGUGAAAUGUCCUGGAUAUCAAAGAAAACUUUAUCGAACACAGACUGCCUCCUGCAGAGGCCUCUGACUUUUAUUUAGAAACACAAAUAUUCAAUUUUAGAUGGUUUUUCUAUGUUGAUAAGAUGUAAUCUUUGUAGUGCGUUUCUGCACAGAACAUGAAGUAUCAUUAAAAGCUAGUUUUAUUAAUACGGA